CCGCCUCGGGGAACAUGGCGCUGGCCCGGCCCCCGCGCCUCCUGUGCUUCACGGCUCGGUGGCUUCUGGCUCCUAGACGGGAGCUGGCGGUAGGGGACCCCGAUGAGCCCCUGCCGGUGGUGCGAGUCCCGCGGGCUCUCCAGCGGCGGCAGGAACUGCGGCAGCGCGGCCGGGAGGGCCCCGCGCAGCCGGUGCUGGCGCGACCCGGUCCGCUGCUGGUGUCGGCGCGGCGGCCCGAGCUGAACCAGCCUGCUCGCCUCACGCUGAGCCGUUGGGAGAGCGCGCCCCUCGCCUCGCGCGGCUGGAAGAGCCGCCGCGCGCGCCAGGACUAUUUCUCCAUCGAGCGCGCGCAGCGCGACGCCCCCGCGCUGCGGAAGCUCGCGGAAUCCCGCACCUUCGCCGACCUGGGGCUGCAACCCCGCGUGCUGCGCGCCCUGCAGGAGGCCGCCCCCGAGGUGGUCAGGCCCACCACCGUGCAGUCGAGCACCAUCCCCCCGCUGCUUCGCGGCCGCCACCUCCUGUGCGCCGCCGAAACCGGCAGUGGUAAGACCCUCAGUUACCUCCUGCCUCUGCUGCAGCGGCUCCUAGACCGGCCGAGCCUGGAAACGGGCCAGCUCCCCGCUCCCCGGGGCCUCGUCCUCGUACCUUCCCGAGAAUUGGCCGAGCAGGUGCGGAUCGUCGCGCAGCCCUUGGGCAGCUCCCUGGGCCUCCAGGUGGCAGAGCUCGGGGGAGGCCACGGCCUGAACCGGAUCAAGCUGCAGCUGGCCAGACAGCCGCGGGCUGAUGUGCUGGUGGCCACGCCCGGAGGGCUGUGGAAGGCCCUGAGGCGGCGGCUGCUCAGCCUGGAGCUGCUCUCUUUCUUGGUGUUGGACGAGGCCGACACGCUGUUGGAUGAAAGCUUCCUGGAACUGGUGGAAUUCAUUCUGGAGAAGAGCAAUAUAGCAGAGGGUUCCGCUGACUUGGAAGACCCCUUCAGCCCCAAAGCCCAGUUAGUGUUGGUGGGGGCCACCUUUCCCGAAGGGGUUGGCCAGCUACUGAGUAAAGUUGCCAGCCCAGAAUCACUAACCACCAUCACCAGCUCCAAGCUCCACUGUAUCAUGCCUCACGUCAAACAGACAUUCAUGCGACUGAAGGGGGCAGAGAAGGUGCCCGAGCUGGUACAGCUGCUCAAGCAGCGGGACAGUGGUACCUCGGGGUCAGUGCUGGUGUUCUGUAACAGCUCCAGCACUGUCAACUGGCUGGGGUACAUUCUGGAUGACCACAAGAUCCAGCACCUUCGGCUGCAGGGACAGAUGCCAGCCUCCAUGCGGGCAGGGAUCUUUCAGGCCUUCCAGAAGGGCUCCCGGGACGUCCUGCUCUGUACAGACAUAGCCUCUCGGGGCCUGGACAGCACCCAAGUGGAACUGGUUGUCAAUUAUGAUUUCCCCCUCACCCUGCAAGAUUACAUCCACCGGGCAGGCCGGGUAGGCCGGGUGGGGAGCGAGGUGCCAGGCACUGUCAUCAGCUUUGUGACCCACCCUUGGGACGUCAGCCUGGUUCAGAAGAUUGAGCUGGCAGCUCGCCGACGAAGAAGCCUGCCAGGACUAGUGUCCUCUGUGAGCGAGCCUUUGCCCCAGCACACCUGAGACCAGCGGGCUUCAGUGUGACACCACAGCAGGAGUGUGCUGCUCCCUGGGCAGGGCGUGCUCUGGUCAGCAGGCUCCCUGAUGAGCUCUGGCAGGGAGAGGUCAGAAGCCCGCCAGCACUGCUGAGCUCGGUGCUCUCUAGUCU